AAGUCGAAGCCUUUGAAAGAGUUUUUGUGUUCCCAUUUUUUCUUCUUCUUUCAAUUAAAUAAAAAAGUUCUUUUUUUUUUUGUUCAUCAUCAUCCGAUUCUCUCACAAACGCAAUCGCACGGCCUUGAGAUGAGAAAAAGGCUGCUCUCUUGACUCUCUAAUAAGGUUUUCUCAAUCCUAUUAGAUCAAUCUGAUUCCCAAAUCUCGCGCGUAAGAUCGAUUCUAGGGUUUUCUUCUUCUCUCUCUCUGUGUGUGUUAAGAGGUUGCUGAGUCUUCGUAGUGAAUCAUCAUCGAUUGCAUCGGAAGUUCAGAUAAAAGGAGAUGCACCGGGUUGCAAGUUCCGGGAGUAAUGGGGGUUCUGUCCGCGCUCGCAAAGAGAAGAAGCUUACCUAUGUCUUAAACGAUGCCAACGACACUCAGCACUGUGCUGGCGUUAAUUGCUUGGAUGUGUUGAAGUCGUCUGUUUCCAGUGAUCAGAGUUACCUCUUCACUGGAAGUCGUGAUGGUACACUCAAGAGGUGGUCAUUUGAUGAAGAUGCGCCUCUUUGCUCAGCUACGUUCGAGUCUCAUGUUGAUUGGGUGAAUGACGCUGCUUUGGCUGGUGAUAGCACUCUUGUUUCUUGUUCUUCAGACACUACGGUCAAGACAUGGGACAGCUUAUCAGAUGGAGUUUGUACGAGGACUCUCCGUCAGCACUCUGACUAUGUUACUUGUUUGGCAGUUGCGGCAAAUAAUUGCAAUGUUGUUGCAUCUGGUGGCCUUGGCGGGGAGGUUUUUAUAUGGGAUAUUGAAGCUGCUUUAUCACCGGUUACGAAAGCUAAUGAUUCAACGGAAGAUAGUUCCUCGAAUGGUGCAAAUGGCCUUGGUAGCUCUCAGCCCGUUGCAAGUUUAAGAAAUGUUGGUUCGAGCAACAAUAUCUCUGUGCAGUCAUCACCAUCCCAUGGGUACGCACCAACAGUUGCCAAAGGCCAUAAGGAGUCCGUCUAUGCUUUGGCGAUGAAUGAUACGGGGACGACGCUCGUCUCUGGCGGAACAGAGAAGGUUUUACGUGUCUGGGACCCUAGAACUGGUUCAAAGAGUAUGAAGCUGAGAGGGCAUACAGAUAAUGUCAGAGUGCUGCUUCUGGACUCAACUGGCAGGUAUGUUUUCCUGUUUUUUGGUCCCUUUGGUGCCUAUUCUCUUCUCUGUCUGAUUAAUUCUCACCUUGAGACUGGCAGGUUUUGCUUGUCUGGUUCCUCUGAUUCUAUGAUAAGACUUUGGGAUCUAGGUCAGCAGCGAUGUCUUCAUACCUAUGCGGUGCAUACAGAUUCUGUUUGGGCGCUUGCAUGCACUUCAUCGUUUACUCAUGUUUACAGCGGUGGAAGAGACCAAUCCUUAUACUUGACAGACUUGGGAACAAGAGAGAGCGUUUUGCUGUGCACCAAGGAACAUCCGAUUCAGCAAUUAGCUUUGCAAGAUGACAGUAUAUGGGUUGCAACAACAGACUCAUCUGUUGAGAGAUGGCCCGCCGAAGUACAGAGUCCUCAAAAGGUCUUUCAACGAGGUGGCUCUUUCUUGGCUGGGAAUUUGUCUUUUAAUAGAGCGAGAGUGUCCUUGGAAGGACUAAAUCCUCCCCCUGCCUACAAGGAGCCGUCCAUAACUAUUCCAGGAAGCCACCCGAUUGUGCAGCAUGAGAUUCUGAAUAACAAAAGGCAAAUUUUAACAAAGGACGCAGCUGACUCAGUGAAACUAUGGAAUAUAACUAAGGGUGUUGUGGUUGAGGACUUCGGAAAGAUAUCAUUUGAAGAGAAGAAAGAAGAACUAUUCGAAAUGGUAAGCAUUCCAUCAUGGUUUACUGUGGACACACGACUUGGAUGCUUAUCCGUACAUCUUGAGACUCCACAAUGCUUCUCCGCUGAGAUGUAUUCAGCAGACCUCAAAGUUUCCGGGCGACCUGAAGAUGACAAGAUUAAUCUAGCCCGGGAAACACUGAAAGGCCUGAUGGGUCAUUGGCUGGCGAAGAAGAAGCACAAACCAAAACCCCAAGCUUCUGCCUCUGGAGAUAUUCUAUCCGUAAAAGACUCCAAAAAGAAUCCGACUGCGUCCAAAAGCGAAGACAGCAGUGCUGCGAAUGAUCCGGUGUAUCCUCCAUUUGAGUUUCCUUCUGUCUCCCCUCCGUCCAUCAUCACCGAGGGCUCUCAAGGAGGUCCAUGGAGGAAGAAGAUAACUGAGUUUACCGGAACUGAAGAUGAGAAGGACUUCCCCUUGUGGUGCCUGGAUGCCGUCUUGAACAAUCGCCUCCCACCUAGAGAAAAUACAAAGUUAAGCUUCUUCCUGCAUCCAUGUGAAGGCUCGAAUGUGCAGGUGGUCACGCUAGGGAAACUUAGUGCACCCCGGAUCUUAAGAGUUCACAAGGUUACUAAUUACGUUGUGGAAAAGAUGGUUCUUGACAGUCCAUUGGAUAGUUUAGCUAUUGAUGGAGGACCACAGCCUCUGUUUGCAGGAAAUGGGCUGCUACCGUCUGGAUCAAAGCCUUGGCAGAAACUCAAACCUUCCAUUGAGAUCUUAUGCAAUAACCAGGUCUUAGCUCCAGAGAUGAGUUUGGCAACUGUGCGGGUAUAUAUAUGGAAGAAACCUGAGGAUCUAAUCCUCAACUACAGGGUGGCUAUAGCUAGAUAACUUUUGAGAUUUGUCACCGGGCAAGUUUCUGAGUGUCUCCAAAUUGGAAUCUGCUGGUUCAUUUGAAGUCUAUAUAGCUUUUCAAUGUUUGUUCAUUCUGAAAGCAUAUAAAUCUUGGUUUAGUGUUACUCAGCUUCAUGCUGGAGAAUAAUAAGUCUGCUCUAAAGGAGUUGGGACUCAUGUGAAGUGGGGCGUGUACGGGGAGCUAUUGAUAAAAGGUCCAAGAUCUUAAAUCAGAUGGUGUCGAAAACUUUACACUAGUAUUUGUACAUUAGGUGAAAAAAACUUGCUCUGUUUUCGAUUGUUCCCUGAAACAAUAAAAUAACCAAUGCUCUGUA